AUGCCCUCCACCACCACCAUGCGCGCCAUCGCCGCAACCGCUCGCGGCGGCCCCUCCGUAAUCCAACCCAUCACCCUCCCCGCCCCCUCCCCACCAACCUCUCACGGCCUACUCGUCCGCGUGCGCGCGACGUCCGUCAACCCGGUCGACACCAAGAUCCGCGCAGGCACAUACGACGACUACCAGGUGCCGGGCGACGCGGUGGCCUACUUCUCGCGGGCGCCGGCGCUGCCGCAAGUGCUGGGCUACGACGGCGCGGGCGAGGUCGAAGCGGUUGGGCCAUCCGCAGCAGAGGCCGGAUGGAAGGCGGGCGACCGCGUCUACUACAGCGGGGCGCCGAGCCGGCAGGGCGCGGACGCAGAGCUGCAGCUCGUGGAUGCGCGCAGCGUGGCGAGGAUGCCGGAAGCGCUGGAUUGGGUCGAGGCUGCGGCGCUGCCGUUGACGUGGAUCACGGCGUGGGAGGCGUUGGUGGAGCGGAUGGAGAUUAAGGAGGCGGAGAGGGCGGGCGUGUUGAUUGUGAAUGGUGCCGGAGGCGUUGGCUCGGUGGCCUCCCAGAUCGCACGUCACGUCCUCCGCCUGCCGGUCGUUGUGACGACUACCUCCCGCGACGAGACGCGUCGCUUUAGCCUCUCGAUGGGCGCUACGCACACGGUCAACCACCACGACGACCUACCCUCUCAGAUCGCCGCGCUCAACCUGCCCGUCCCGAUCAAGUACAUCUUCAUCACACACCGCACAGAGCAGUACCUUGGCCCCGCGGCUGCUAUCUGCGCGCCCUUCGGCAAGGUCAGCAGCAUCGUGCAGACCAAGGAGCUGCCUAUGUACGAGACGGAGUGGAUGGCCAAAAGCCUGACGUUUUCGUGGGUGCUGCUGGGCACGAAGCCGUGGUACGGCGUUGAACUGAACAGCCACGGACAGAUCCUGGAGAAACUGCGGGAGCUGAUCGAUGCGGGCGUGGUGAAGACUCACCUCACGCAGCGGCUGCCGCUGACUGCAGAGGGCGUGCGCAAAGGCCAUGAGCUGCUGGCGGAAGCCAAGGUGAUUGGCAAGAUUGGGCUCGGUGUGGAGGAAGGAGGCCUGAAGCCGGGAGAAGCAUUCGCGUAA